AUGCUCCAGUUUUGGUUGGCAGCUGUGUACUCUGCAGCAGCACUUGUAUCUGCAGUAUCCGCCGAUGACAGCUACGAUGCUCAAGCUAAAGCUAUCGUCGACACUUUCUCUCACGCCCAAUUGAUUGGCCAAAUGACCCAACUAAAUCUCGACACCAUCAUCGAUACGGAAGCUGGUGGUCUUAAUGAGACUGCUGUGCGUGAGAAUGCCGAGCUCUUCGUCGGUUCGUACUUCGGCACGGAUUGGGUCGAACCUUCCGAUGGCAAGUACGGCUAUACCGCCAGCGAAUAUCGUGAGAUGAUUGGACGCAUCCAAAAGAUCAGCAUGUCAGUGACCGGUGGUCAACCUAUUAUCUACGGCCUUGACUCCCUUCACGGUGCCAACUAUAUUGAAGGGCCUGUGCUGACGCCCCAUCAGAUUAAUGCUGGCGCGAGCUUUAACCCCGACCUUCUUUACGAGGUGGGUCGCAUGACAGCUCGUGACACCCUUGCUGCUGGUAUCUCUUGGAUAUUCGGUCCGGUUCUCGACAUAUCGCAGCACAAGGGAUGGGCUCUGACCUACCAGACGUUCGGUGAGAGCACGUACCUGAGUACGGUCAUGGGAGUCGCUCUCAUCCGCGGACUUCAAAGCCAGAAUCAAACUGCCGCUUGCGCUAAACACUUUAUCGGGUACUCGAAGGCACCCACUGGUCACGAGCGCGAUAAUGUUGUAAUGUCGGACUUUGAACUCCUGAACAACUUUGCUACGCCGUACUUGGCUGCAAUAAAUGACGCUAACGUGCUGACAAUUAUGGAGAACUACAUAUCACUGAAUAAUGUACCCGUGAUCGCUAACAAAAAGAUACUGAUCGACCUGCUCCGUGGCGAUCUUAAAUUCAAUGGAACUCUUGUUUCGGACUACGACGCGGUCUUUCACCUGAACACGAUCCACCGCGUGGUGGAAACCAUCGAAGAGGCGGUUGCCACCUCUUUGACGCAGACAUCGCUGGACAUUAGUAUGAUGGAUGAUCACGUUUUCUUCAUCGAGGCCGGUUUAAAGCUGCUCAAGGAACAUCCAGAACAGGAGGCUCGAAUUCGCCAGUCCGUCGAACGCAUUAUCAAAACGAAAUUGAAACUCGGCCUCUACAAGAAUCCGUUGCCCGGCGCAGAACUUGUGUCGAAGAUUGGUAACAAGAAGGACAAAGAGCUUGCAUUGGAGAUGGCGCGCGAAUCCAUUGUGCUGCUCCAAAAUGACGACAACGUGUUGCCUCUGUCGAAGAAAUCGUCCGUCUUCCUUACGGGUCCUUCUGCAGACGACGUUGGUUAUCAGUGCGGCGGCUGGACCAAAUUCUGGCAGGGCGUGUCUGGUAACGAUAUGUUCCCGAACGGAAUUAGUAUUCGAAAGGGGCUUGGAAACUUGGUUGGCAGUAAUUCCUUCUCCUACUUUAACGGACUCUUUAUUAAUGGGUCUAUCUCGAACGCAAAUCUGACCAAGACUGUGGAACUUGCUGGUCGGCACGAGUACACUAUUGCCGCCAUCGGUGAACGAACGUACGCGGGGAAGCCUGGAGACGUCGACAACCUUGCACUACCAAAGGGUUUUGAGGAAUUCAUUAAAGCCCUGGCAGCCACAGGCACUAAGGUGAUUGUGGUGCUGCUCGAGGGUCGUCCGCGUCUGCUUGGGUCGAUUCCCAAAAAUGCCGCUGCUAUUAUUGAUGCCAUGCUUCCGUGUGAGCUCGGCGGGCAGGCUAUCGCAGAGAUUCUGUACGGCGACGUGAACCCGAGUGGCAAGCUGCCGAUCACGUAUCCGAAGGACCCGGCGAACGUCGAUAUCCCAUACAACCAUCUUGUGACGACGCGCUGCGCGUCGUACUACUGCGAAAUGGAAUGGGACUUCGGAGCAGGUCUGAGCUACACGACUUUCAACUACUCCAACGUCACUCUGGACAAGACUUCAAUCACUAACGUUCACGACACGCUUACGGCCUCAGUCACCGUCACGAAUGUCGGCUCGCGCGCUGGUAAGGAGGUCGUCAUGCUGUUCCUGAUCCAGCCGAUCCGCAAAAUCUCGGUGCCGGAAGUGAAGUCUUUGAAAAAGUUCGAGAAGAUCGAGCUGAAAGCUGGCGAGUCCAAAAAGGUAUCGUUUACGCUGUCGUAUGAUGAUUGGAGCGUAUACAAGGGUGAGAUUGGAGCUGGUCUACCGAAGAUAGUGGAGAGUACCAAGUACGUGGUGGGCAUCGGAGCAGACACCGAUUGCAACGUGUAUGGCGACCCCUCCAUCAAGAAUGGUCUUUGCGCCCAUUUCACCAUUGAUGCGAGCGGCGCUCCGGCCAUGUAA